AUCAAAUAAUUAUGCAUUGCUCGGGUGCGUUUCCUGAUUUUCCGACUCCAAAUUUUACUUAAAAAAUAAUUAUGCAUUGCUAGCUACUAUAAAUACCCAAUGAGCUUGAGCUCCAAUGUACCAAAUCUCCUUUUUAUAGUCUCUAAAUAUUUAUUCUGAGACUUUCCUCUAUCUUCCAUGACAUUCAAUUUGCUAACUACGACUAAUGGUAGCAUAUCAGAUAUUAUUUCCAGGAUGAAAGACCGACGUCAAGUUGUUGCGCUUCAAACAGAUUCCAUGAACAGUUUUAUCAAAUCGAUUUCUGAUAAUCAGCAAGAGAUCGAACCCUUUUACGUUCUUGAUCUGGGGGUUGCGGUAAGACUAAUGGAUAAAUGGAGACAACACCUACCAAACGUCAAGCCUUUUUAUGCUGUUAAGUGCAACUCUGAUCCUGCAUUACUUUUUCUUCUCGCAGCUCUUGGUGCAAAUUUUGAUUGCGCUAGUCGAGCUGAGAUCGAAAUCGUUCUUAGGCUCGGUGUCAAUCCUGACAGAAUUGUUUAUGCCCAUUCGUGCAAGAUGGCGUCUCAUAUCAAGUAUGCAGCCAGUGUUGGAGUGAAUCUGACAACUUUUGACUCCAAAGACGAGAUUGAUAAGAUCAAAAAAUGGCACCCGAAAUGCGAAUUGCUGCUUCGUAUCAAAGUUAAUGACGAGAGUUCAUGGCGUUCAAUGGGUAACAAAUAUGGCGCCUCUCUUGAUGAGGUGGUUCCGCUGCUGCAACAUGCUUACCAGGCAGGCCUGAAAGUGAGCGGAGUCUCGUUCCACAUUGGAACGAAAGCAUCAGAGGCAAAACUCUACCGCGGCGCAAUUUCUGCUGCAAGGUAUGUAUUUGAUGCAACUUCUGAACUAAAAAUGCCUGAAAUGCAUAUUCUUAACAUUGGCGGAGGGUUCAAAGACAAUCCGUUAUUCGAUGAGAUAGGAAGAACGGUUAACGAUUCCGUCCAGGAAUAUUUUCCGAAUCAAUCAUCAUCCCUGAAAGUGAUUGCUGAACCUGGAAGAUUCUUUGCAGAAACUGCAUUUACAAUGGUAACUAAUGUUAUUGGAAAAAGAGUAAGAGGGCGGACAAUUCAGUACUGGAUCGAUGAUGGGACUCACGGAUCAUUUAACCUAGCUACGUAUGAUCAUUCCUCUAUGAUGUUCAAGCCAUUACUGAGAAAUGAAGACGGUGAAGCUCAACUAUCAACUAUCUUUGGACCGACAUGCGAUGGGUUAGACAUUGUGGUGAGUGAGUGCAAAUUGCCUGAGCUGAAUGUUGAUGAUGUGAUUGUGUUCUAUAAUAUGGGUGCGUACACAACUUCUGGUGCAAGUAAGUUCAAUGGGUUUAACAGAUUUGAAAUGCCCACUUACCUUGUAUAUUCAACUCCAAAUUGAAGUAUUGAAAGUUUAUGAGCAUUUACUUCUGAAA